CCUCGAGAGAUCUUAUCCCGGCCACCAUUUUGUUUCUGGCUCCGCAGGGGAGAGGAGGAAGAAAACGAUCGGCCCGAAGGAUUUUCUCAGUCGCCGUUGAUCUGAUCAACCGAUCGGUUGUGCCGUUCGUUAUUCUCCCAUUACAAAUUUUUUGGUUUUUGAAGGUAGUGGUGGUGAGUGAGUCAUCGACGUGUGACGUCACUUUUUCGCGAUCGAGAGUUGUUUUUUCGCCAAAAAAAUGAAAGUCAAGAACCAAGUGAAUUAUUAGUUUCGGUGUGGUUUUGUCAACAAGUGAAUUUCGUAUACUUUCACUCAAGGGGGUGGUGUGUAUGUGUGUGUUAUUAGUAUCACCGGGGGUUUUUCUUCUUCUCCUGUGAGCAAAUCGGUUAAAAGGAAAACGUUGUUUCCAGGUGUCGAUUUUUCGUGAAAAGUAUACGAGUGUCGCCAUUGAAUUCGACCGAGUGGAAAACUGUUGAAAUCAUUUCAAACAAAACCGGUUUUUUAUAAAACUUCCCCUUUUUUGGAAAAAUUCGUCUGCCAGAUGUAAUAAAUUAUUAUGUCGACUGGAACAAAGUUGACAAUCAUGUAGACGUCGUUGGCCUUUAUCUUUUGUGUUUGUGUCGGACGCCCGGAUGUCUGAACCGCAUGGCGUUUGACACGUCUAGUUGCCUCCGACAAUGGAUGCCCUUUCCGCUGGAUGGAGAAACCGUUAGGCAUUUAGAGAGGUCCAACAAGCCAUGCAAACAGGUGAAAGGUCGCCGUCUCAAUUCAAACCAGCCCGUCUUGUGUACAUAGCCCCUGGAGGAGCAGUGAAGGGUCCCUAACACUUGGUGUAAAGGUUACCAACAACGUCAUUCGGCUACCAGUUCCCGGUCUAGUCGCAACGUUCGUUUGUUUUUUUGUGUUUGUGUGUGUGGUGUCCAUUCCCUCCGUCACGACUGACAUCUCAAGAACACACACACCUGGCGUCAUCCUGGAUUGUUGUGUAAUAAAGAAAAAGAUGCGCCCAGUAGCUUCAAUUUGAUAGCGGCCUUGAAAGUCACGUCGGAAACAACCGCGUUCGUGACGGUUAGAUUGCGACUGGACAACAAUCGAAGGUCUUGCUGAUACUGUCCAGCAACCCGCGGAUACUUUGACUUUGAAUAAAUCAAACAGUCGCCCCAAUAGAAGAAGAAGAAGACGAAGAAGGAAAUUGUUUGGUUCGUGUGGAUGGCGUUCAAUUUAGCCGAAACGAGUGCCACUUUGACCGCCGCCGUCAGUGUAGCCGAGAGCAAACAAACCGGACUGAGCCAUGAAGAAUUCCUAAACGAGUGGAACUGGUGUUGGAUUGCUCAGGAUGUGGAAGCGGCAGCGGAACUUGGACGGACGCUACUGGAGCGCAACCGCGAACUGGAAUCGACUGUCCGUCAGCAACAGGCCGUCAUCGACGACCAAACGCAAGAAAUGGAGUAUUUGAGCAAGCAGAACCGUUUGCUACGCCAGGCCACCGAAUCCCGAUUGAGACUGUGCGAGCAGCUGGAAGCCUCGGUCGCCGAGUGCGAACGGGCCAAACUGCGAUUGCGUCACCAAAUCGAAGCGGAACGACAGCGUCACAUCACGUUGAAGACCAACAUGGAGGCGGCGGAGGAACGGGGUGACGAGUUGCAGCGGCUGCUGGAUGCGUCAAGGGCCGCUGAAUCUCAAUCGCGGUGCCAACUUCGAUUGUUGCAGCAGCAGAGACACCAGCAGCAGCAAAUGCUUUUGAUGCAGGAAGAAGAAGAAGAGUCUCAUCCGCUGGAAGAGUUUACCGCCGUAAUGGGAUCCUCAUCCGUCCACCAGGAGCAUCAACUUCAAGCUUCUUAUUGCACCAGCAGUGCCGCCAGCGGUAACAAUAGCCGCCGGAUACAAAUGGAGGACACGAUGACCGUCUGCCGGUUGGUGGACGACCUGGCGGAAGUGGAGGAACGACUCCAUUUGAUGGAAACGGAUUGGAUGGAGGAGAAACGGAAGCGGAUGCAACUCGAAACCGAAGUGAUGGCAUUGCAACAGGAGAACCAACGACUUCACGAACACUCUGCCAGUGGCAACAACAGCAGCCACAGUAGCAGCAGCGCAUCCAUCGGAUGUGAUCCGACGUCCCUUUCACCGGCUCCGGCCAGUCUGUCGCUCAGCGAGGAACUGCUCAUCUCGUCGACCAACGAUUUCAGUUCGGCUCAGUGGCGAGAUGCCUGGGACAAUAGCGGACCCAUUUCGCUCAUCGGAUCCGGAAUUAUCGCCAAUAAACUUUGCAACAACGAGGACGAAGAACUCUGUUCGGAUUCUUCGUCUUCCGGAUUCUCGGAAGAAAAUCAGCGAUCAUCUGUCGCCAAAGCCACUCAAACCGACCUGUCCGAUCUCCCGACAAUUUGCAAAACAAUUGCAACAACAACAACAACAUCGUCCAGCGAUUGGGCGGAUGUCAGGAGUCUCUUCCGCGAAAUUUUUGCCGUCAUCCAGCAAAACAUUUGAAUUCAUUCAUAAAGAAAUCUAAAUUUUAUUAUGUAAUAAUACUUUGCUACAAGUAGGAUAUUAAGUAAUAACACAAAUUUGUUAAAUAGACAUUUUAUAGUUUUUUUUUUAGUAACUUGAUUAUUUUAUAGUGCCAUUUUUUUUACAAUUAUAUCCAGUAAAAAAUUACUCCGUCCCAAAUUUUCAAUC